GCUUUAGGUGUCCGAUGCUAUCGCUAAAAGCCUGAGAAGUCUCUGAGGCUAAAUAUUCUAUAUAAGCCCGAAUGAUCCACAAGAAGUGUUUGUUUUGCGAAAACGCAGCACGAAUGUAGUGGUUAAAUCCCUUAGGAACUGAAGGGCAUACUAUCAUCGGAAGGUCAUUCGGUUACAUUAGCGUCUCGGUAACAAAUUUUAUCUUAAUUGUGUCCCCAAAUUGCACUGAUACACAAGAAGUCCGUUAAUACUCUAUACAGAGUACCUACCUUAUUUACGCUGACCGGUAAAUUAAAUAAGAGCAAUAACUUUAAUUAGCUAAGGAGAAACUACCCAAGUGUGCUGUAAACAGGUGAAGAGUUUUCUAGAAAAGACGUUUCCUUUAUUGAGAUAUUGGGGACAAAUAAAGUUAGCUUGAUCUGCUACUAGCAAGCAAAUAGCGGGAAACCAAAUUUGCCUAAAUGCAUACAAACGCUCGUAGUAGAGAAUUCAAUGUCGAUCCGCCACGUUCUGUCUUCAGCGAGUGACAAUGGGCGAUUUAAGGGGUUGUUCUGACCGGGGCCUGCAUAUACUUGCCGGAGCUCUUGAACGACUUUGCACAGGAAAGCUUCAACUGACACCUCGUGAGACGCUCGAGCCGGUGGAGAACCUCUACAAAAUGCAAGAACCCGUUAGUGGCAAGAUGGCAGAAAAGGGCUAUGCGAUGCCAUGCAAAGCAAAAGUUAUUACCAACUAUCAAAAGUGGUUUGCUUCCGAAGGACGAUUCCGAUUGGAACUUGACCCGGACGAUCGCAAAAGUACCAAUUUAGGAAACGGUAAUCUAAACAGAGCGCUGGAUAAUGUUAAAGAGGAGCUGAGAAGACGACAUCAGGAUAAAUCAACUACGCGUAAAGGCCGACAGGUAAACAGCAAUAUCAGAUCAGACGUACUUCGGAUCGUCAAGGAGAGUUUGCGGCGGAAUUUCCGUAAGUCUGUAAUGAUCGUCUCCUAAUUUCGAAAUCGGGUAACGCCUCUAUAAAUGAAAACCGGACAGAAAUUACACUUUAUCAUAACGGGACUAAACAUCUAUUGAAAGACGGAAAUCGCUCUCCGAAUUAUAGGAAUUCGGUCGGCUACCAUUUGCGGCCUCAAAAACGAGUUGGGCCGACUGAUCCUUUAACGUGUGGUCGAAACAUCACAGACGCAGUUAAAAAUGCUCUAUCCACCCAGAUUAAGACAAGUCAACUUCUAUGCGUGGUCAGACCGAUAUCCAUAACCUCGCGGUUGGUAACCUGGUCAUAUUAUAAUGAGUUGUGCUAGAAUGCGUAUCUGAGAGUUUGUCUGCCUUACUGGCACACGUAGUCAGUAUUUCGAAUUUUGUUCAGGCGGCUUCAGUAGUCAGUCCGAAGAGUGACAGUUCAUAAGGCUCUCAAUUAAUCGACCUCUGCCAAUACUGUUCAAACGCUUUUCAAUCAUACAUAUAACAAUAUAGUAUUGCUAGAUCAGAAUGAGUAUAGGAAUAUUUCAGGUUGCAUGUAUUUAUUUCUCUAUAACUCGAGUAGACGAGAUUCCGCAAAUCGACUAGACGGCUCGGUUGAAUUUUUUUUCUUAUCUACACUAAUUAAGCUUUUGCGGGUUUCGUAAUGGUAACGAUUCCGCUUAGCACGCUGACAAACCCUUAGCCAUCGUAAGUCAUAACCGAGAGCGCUUCGUCGAAGCUAUCGUGUGCUGAAGUGAAGUCCAUUUCAACAAAUGGAACAAUCAUAGGCUUGUCGAAGCUAUCGUAUGCUGAAGUGAGGUUCAUUUCAACAUGUGGAACAAUCAUAGGCUUGUCGAACUACAUCAGCAAACAAGCUCAAGUCCAAUAACACAGAACUUCUAACCUCACACAAAGCUAGGGCAGUGUUAAUAAUUACGCUUUUCUAUGGAAAAAGCGUCGUUAAAAUCGAUGUUUGUGCACCCGUGCAAAAAGGUGUAUCAAAUGUUAAAAAACAUAAUAAUAGAUACAUAUUAACAUAAUAAUAAUAAAUUCCAUAGUAUACAGCUGUGGAAAAUACAUUUCCAGAAUGCUACUGGUUGCGUAACCAGAGAAAAUACAUAUGAUAUAGACACCAUAAAGGCUAGAUCA